CGAAGCAGUUAACAAAAGAGGGCAGGGCCUAGAUGUAGUUUCGAUGGAUCACGGGUUAGCUCCCCCUAACCAGAACUAGUCAUUGAACAGGAUCUUUAUUCUAGUGCUAGGGUAGGGCGUGCAAUACAACGACCGACGCAGAGCUUGUCUUAAAAGGGCUGCCUGCUGCAUGAUAUUCUUAUAUAACCAUCAUGAACAUUGUGUGGGUGAAUGAAAGGCAUAUUCAAAUUCAUUAAGUUGAUUAUCUACAGGCUGUUCUUUCCCAAUUUAUUUUAUAUUUUACUCCAUAGGACAAAAAUAUGUAUUUUAUUUAAUGGUGAUUGUCAACCAUGGAUAAGAACAUUGUUAUGUAAACAAAACACUGGUAUAGGCAGGGCUUUGAGCUAUUGUGACAGAAGUAUUUGUUACAUUCUAGCUAAAUGAUAACAGGUGUUACUGUUUUCAACUGCAUUAUAUAUUUCAGUAAAUACACCAAAGCCCUUUUAUGUGUGUAUGAACAUUAAUUUACUUGACAUCUAUUCCCCAGUUGAAUUGUUCUUUACUAAGCUCAUGUCUUCCCAAUAACUUCUUUCUAUUGACUGUGAGUGUGUAACAGUUGUGACAUUUUCAGGAGUUGUGUGUUAUGUCCCGUGUUGUGGAGUUCUGAGACUAUAUAAAACUUCUACUACAACAGUUAAACGGAGCAGAGAUGGCGGUGGGCCCAGUGGACCCCAGAGAGGUCCUGAAGGGGGUAGAGAACCUUCUGGGGAAAGAUGGAGAGCUCCGCAGCCUGGAGGGAGUCACCAAAGUCUUCAGUCUCAUGAAGGCCUCUCACAAGAUGGUGAGCAGGUGUAUGUACCUGAAUAUCCUACUACAAACCAAGUCCCACGACAUUCUCAACCGGUUUAUCCGAGUGGGAGGCUACAAGCUGCUGAAUACGUGGCUGACCUACUCCAAGACUAGCACAAACACCCCCCUGUUACAGCUCAUCCUGCUAACGCUGCAGAAACUGCCCCUCACUGUAGACCACCUGAAACAGAACAACACUGCCAAGCUGGUCAAGCAGCUCAGCAAGACUGGAGAGACUGAGGAGCUGAGGAAGCUGUCCGCUGGGCUGGUGGAUGGCUGGAUGGCUACCAUCCGCUCCCAGAGUGUCUCCACCACCUCUCCUGCAGAUAAGAAGCGUAAGAAGGAGGAGGGGAAAGUGCCAGUCCGAGAGGUGAAGGCAGCUGAUGGAGGGAAGGCAGCGGAGGAGGAGAGGAAGAGGGAGAAGCCCAAAGCUCACGCUCCCAGCCAUGCUAAGAUCCGCUCCAUAGGCCUGGAGAUGGACACUCCCACCCCAGUCCUGGUCAAGAAGCCCCCCGUGGCCCUCCAGCUGGGGGACAAGUACAAUAUCAAACCAGCCCAAGUCCUCAAGAGACCCAGUUUUGGUCCUCUGGACGCUCCCCCUGUGGAGAAGAAGUACAAACCACUCAACACCACUCCUAACCAGACCAAGGAGAUCAAAGUGAAGAUCAUCCCAGCACAACGUAAGUCCUCAACAGAAACAACCCUUGAGGGUACAGGCUUCCUGGAUGCCCUAAACUCCGCCCCCGUGCCUGGCAUCAAGAUUAAGAAGAAGAAAGGGAAGGAAGGUAGAGACCCCAAAGCUGUCUCUCCCACAUCAAACAAGCCAUGUCAAUUCGAGGGUAAACUCCCCUACCUGUCGCCUCAGGGCGGUGCCAAACCCUUGUCCCCAGAGACCCAGACGGCCUCCACCACCCCUCCCCACGAGGUCCCUGUAGACCUGGAGCAGCCUGGGACGCCGGUCCCUGCUGACGACCCCGAGGCCAUGGACACGGGCAGCGAGAAGCCCAACGCCCUGGCGGAGCCCCGCGGUGAAGAGGACAGUCAGCUGACCAAGAAGGGCAAGAAGAAGAAGAGCGUGCGCUGGGCCGAGGAGGAGCAGCUCAAAGAGUACUUCUACUUCGACCUGGACGAGACCGAGAGAGGUGAGAGAACAAAAACUAACGUCAACGUCAACAAGAUCAAGGACUUUGGCGAGGCGGCGAAGCGCGAGAUGAUGAUGGACCGCCACACGUUUGAGAUGGCGAGACGCCUGUCCCACGACUCCAUGGAGGAGCGGGUACCUUGGAGCCUCCCGAGGCCCCUGGCCCUCACCGGCCCCCUGGUCAAUGCCGGGGCCAACAGCACAGAGAGACUCACACAGAGGGACCGUGAGACUGGCAUCCUGCAGGAGAUUUUCCUCACCAAGGAGAGUGUUCCUGACAGCCCCCAUGAACCAGAGCCUGAGGCCUACGAACCCAUGCCUCCACGCCUCAUACCUUUGGACGAGGACUCUACCAUGAUGGAGCCCAUGGACACGUCGUCCCAGCCUGGCUCUGGCGUGGGCCCCGGGGGGGUGGAGGCCUCCAAGCUGCCACCCGUCCUCGCCAACCUCAUGGGGAACCUGGGGGCCAACAACCUGUUGGGCAACCUGGGUAACCUAGGCAACCUCGCCCAGGGCACGCCUGGUGCCCCCGCUGCCCCCUCCGUAAACGUACAGGAGCUACUCACCUCCAUCAUGGGAGCUAGUGGUGGCCAGUCUACUGAGGACCUGAUCAAGCAGCCAGACUUCUCUGAGAAGAUCAAACAGCUGCUGGGCUCUCUACAGCAGAACCAGGGCCCCCCCACUGGCCCCCCGCCUGGAGUGAGCCAUGGCCUGUUGGGCCACGGUCCAGGCAUGAACAACCUGCCCAACAUGAACAACCUCAACAUGGGCAUGCCCAUGAACGGAGUGGGUUUCCCUCCUGCAGGCAAGCCCCCGGGCCCCGGAGGACCCCACUACAACCACCCCCCGCCCCCACACAACCACGGCCCCCCUGGCUUCAACGCUAACCCCCGCAUGAUGGGGCCCCCGCCGCCCCAGGGCCACGGAGGAGACAACGGCAACUACUGGGGGGACGACUCGAUGAGGGGGGGGCCACACCGGGGGGGCCACUUCCACCGCGGGGGCCGAGGGAGAGGAGGGGAACAGGUGGGCUUCAGAGGGAGAGGACGUGGAGGACCUAGAGGAGGACACAACAACAUGGGAGACAUGUCCAAAAGGCCAGUGUGUCGCCAUUUCAUGAUGAAAGGAAACUGCCGUUACGAGAGCAACUGCGCUUUCUACCACCCCGGCGUCAACGGUCCUCCCCUGCCCCCCAACCACCCCGCCCACAACCAGUACAACGACCACGGGCCACAGCACGGGCACUAGACCACCCAACACACCACUGACACCAAUACGUGACAAUACCAUUUUAUCACCACUAGGUGGCAGAACUCUGAAUUAAACUCUGCUGGUUUGGUUUCACCACUGGGACAAAGGUGCAGAGAGACAGAUUGCCCACCAGGCUAGAAAUACAUGGUGAAAGACAAGCCAAUAGAUAGACAGACAAGGCAGUCCUGCUGCCUUAACAAUUACUCUGCACGGGUCUGGUGAUGUCAAUGUGAUGCUUCUGCAGGUCUGUUGAAGAAGCAGUUCUCCUUCUGUGUGACUUUGAUAUGAGGACUCCCCAGUAGCAGAGGAAGAUACUGAAUGUACAGGGCAGAAUCAGACAUGUCUCUACUACUUCCUUUUCUUCUCCACACACCAACCUAAGAUGUCCACCAAGAAAUGCUCAACUUCCUACAUCCAUUUGUUUGCCCUGCUCGCUUAAACUCCCUCGAUCAGGGAUAGAGGACAUUGCUUGUACGCAAGAAUACACACACACACACACUCAUGUCCCGGCUUUGGAAAGUAUAGGUACUGCUAUAGCUGUGAGAUGAUCAUUCAUAUGUUGAUGUAGAUGUUUUAUUGUGAUCAUUUUAACACUGUUGGUUCAGGUUGAUGAUGUACACUAACCACACACUAUGACUACUCUGGUUGCUGUCUGUCACUGUCCCAUAUAGCCUAUCAGCUAUCCCUGACUUAUGCACUAAUCUCCUAUAUAUUUAUCUCAUAGUGAUUUAUCAGCACUGAGCUAAGAGGUGAGCAAUGAUCAAGGUAGAAAAUCAAUAGAAACAUCUCCAGCAUCUCCCCAGUAUUAAGUCAGACUUUAAGUAUGGAGUCAGACUUCUUUAAGCUAAAUGAUCCUUCCAUCGUUCUGCUCUGUAGUUGUGUAGUGCCAUCCCUGCCCUGGGUGUCCCUAUUGGCCCAUGUUCCUCAGACAGACAGGAUCUGUAGCCAACCUUCAGCUCCUGAAUGAGUCUAAGCCCCGCCCUCUCUCCUGAAUGAAUGUUGCACUGUGUUCAACUGUGGUACCUGGAGUUUUCAAACUAGUCAGACGUGGCCAAAUGACAAUGCUCAGUACACCAUUUUAAAAGCUAUUUAUGGCCAAGUGUGCUUAAAGAAAAACAUGCCACUUUUUCUACCGUAGGAUUUCAACAGAAAACAAGACAAUGAAUGUAAAGUUGACCAAGUAAGAAUAUUGUUUGAUAUUUGCAAAGUUCCCCAUAGGCAAGAGUUAUCAGUGAGGAAGUACUUUAAAAAGAAGGACCUAACUGUAAUGUAUAAUGUCCCUCCAUCCCCACCACACUGCUUGUGCUGUGUUCUACUACUAUCUAGCUCUAAAAAAGACCUGACUCCAACAUUUCCCCUCCACAACAAAUGGAUGAAACAGUAUUGAGAAGAGAACAUUCAACAGAACCGGCCCUAGAUGUUUGGCCUAUGCACUGAACCAACGCUGCCUGCAGGCUACAUGUUGUUUUCUACUGGUGGGCGUUAGUGGUCUGCAUAUCACAGGAAAAGGAACAACCGGGCCAAGUGUUGCUUGAUUUGACUGAGCCUUUUCACCAAGAAGGGUACAUAACAGUGAAUGAGGGUUUUCCUUUCUGAGGUUCAGUUCAGGAAGCCUCUGAUUAUAUUUCAUCCGCUUUAUAACAUGUACCACUGAGCGUAUCUUGUCUUUCAUGUGACAUGAUGAUGGUCAAAUGUCCCCCUGUAUGCCAUGUGACAAACACAGUCCCAUAUUAGUGUUUCUCCACACACACACACACACAACUGUGUUGGCUUCAGUUGGGUGACGCGUGUUCAGCCCGUGUUCUAUGUACAACGGGGUAAAACUAUGGAAUCAUUCUCUGGGUCAACUAAUUCAAAGUGUUUUCUGUGAAAACAGUGGCCUUCAUGUCUCUUGUGGGACCAGAAUUAUGUCAUGUUUUUGGUUGGAUUUAUUGUGUGUUUAUUUUGAUACGAUUGAGUUGGAUCUCUCCAAAAUGAGGUCCGUUUUGUUUUGUUAGAAAUGUAUGUAUCCAUGUGUCUGUGAAUGCAUACACGCAUUCAUACACAUAUAUACAUACGAGUAUUUUGUACAUGUCUUAAUAAAUGUCCUAAAAUGAA